AUGUGGAUUGUUUGUCGGAUGGAGUUCACAAUCUGGAAGGUUGUUGAGCUGUCAAGUCCAGUUGAUAUCUCAUCCAUGAAAAGGGCUCGUCCUGGUGUGACAAGCAUCUCAGCUGCACAACCAUGUCAGAGAAUGGCAUCUGGUAGGUUUCUUACUCAUAGGCUAUAUUUACCUGUAGUUACUCUCUUUUUUUGCCCUCCUGAUAUGCCUCUCAACAUAUUAUUGCCUACCAGUGUAUCGGCACAGAUAUCCAACCCCAAGACCUUCCAUAAUUAA